AUGCCACUUUUACAGGGAUUGGAUUGGAAUCAACCACACACCGACACCGAUAGUGUCUUGGAUGGCAUCGAAACACUGCAUUAUAUUUUAGCGGCAGAUGUUUUCUAUGACAUUACAGUUUUCAAGCCAAUCGUGCAAACCAUCGCUUUGCUACUUCGGAGAUUCCAGAAAGCCAUUUGUAUUUUUGCUUACGAGGAAAGGGAUAGCAACUGGUCCAUUGAAGAUUUGCUUUUGUUGAACGAGUUGUGCUGCCGGCGGAUUCGGGUCGUCAACACAGAUCUGCAUACAAUUCAUAUUGGAAUCAUUGGUAAUAAAGCAGGUGGACAGUUUUGUGACUGUUUUUUCAAAAUACUUUUUCUCGAGCUUGCUUAA